AUGGCUGUGAAGGAGAGGACAGCUAUGAUUAGAGCUAUUUCUCGGGAAAACGAACGCAGGAGGAUGUUUACCGAAAGUGCGCAAAUGCUCAUUGCAUUAAGAAGACGACGGAUAGCUCUUCUUUUGUCCUUGGCAGGGAGUUUGUUGCUCUCGCGUAGGCAGAAUUUGGCCACGGAGAUGGUUCACGUACGAUCUUGCCGGCGUCUGCUCAGGAGCAACGGCUGGUGGGAGAUGGUUUGGACAACAUAUGCCGAGGAACGAUUCAAGAAAACUUUCAGAAUUUCGAAGAAUACAUUCAGUUUCAUUCUGAACCGGAUUCGAAACGACUUGGAACGCCAGACAGCAAACGAAGACCCCAUAUCACCCGAAUGUCGGCUAGGCAUUUGCCUUUAUAGGCUCGGAAGAGGUGAUUAUUACUACACCAUAGCGGAAAUGGCUGGACUGGGUGUUUCAACUGUACAUGAGAUUGUAACUCAGGUGUGUCAAUCGAUCAUUGAAAACCUUUGGGAGGACUGUGUCAAGAAGCAUAUGCCAUGGACUGAGGACGACUUAAAGGAUAAGAUGAAGGAAAUGAACGAAAGGUGGCAGUUUCCCUUCUGUUGGGCUGCAAUUGAUGGCUGCCACAUAGCUAUUAAAUGUCCACCAGGAGGAGCUGCAUCGUGUAAAGAGUACCACAAUUUCAAGUACUUCUAUUCCGUGGUAUUGAUGGCUAUGGUAGACUCAAAAUAUCGGUUUAUUCGGGGCAGCUGCGGUUUCCCUGGCAACUCCCAUGAUGCUAUCAUUUUCCAGGCAACAGAACUAUGGGAAAAGCUAAACGAAUACGAUUUUAUUCCAGACAUUGCACAUAAGGUUGCUGAUGUGAACAUUGGUCCACUCAUUAUUGGGGAUUCAGCAUUCCCAUUUAAACCGUGGCAUUGA